UCUGUGGAAAAUUUGUUGUCUGUCACAGGUUAACAAGUUAGGUUUAGUAUCUAUGGUUUUUUUAUGUGGAUGAUUGACUUACAUACAACUCCUCAAAUUUUGCAAAAUUAUUCAUUUAUAUUUACUUAGUGUUUAACAUUUGUGUUCCAAGUGAAUAUGUAGCAGUUACAUAAUAUAGUAUUACUAAUAUUCUAUUUCAUUUACGCACUUCUGUGUGAUUAUGUGUAAAUUUAACUCAUUUUGUCAUUUGGUCUUACUUUUCGUCCAAAUUGCAUAUUUUACCAAUCCAUAAAAAAUAUUUGCCUCAGUGAUCCAUCGUAUCAGUUAUUUCAGUUAUUUGAUAAACAGCAAUGCAGUAAGUGAUUUAGAAAAAUAAUGCCAUGUACGCUCCAGAUAAUAGAAGAAAAGAAGCCAGAGAUGUUAUUUAUCGUAGCAAUUCAAGUCUUGACUUGAUAUAUGCCGAACAUCCUUCGGGAAAUGGAUUACGCCGCGAGUAUGGGAGCCAUGGUUCAAUCGACGUAAUUGGGGGCGCAAACGAUCGGUUGCCCGCGAUGGUUCAUAGCUACAGUGGUGUCUCAGCACCAGACAAGCCAGCAGGUCUCAGUCGUGCUGUUGACAGGAUCACCGACGGAAUUACCAGUGACCAUGCGGAUGGACCUCCACCAAGGUCGAGUGCUAGUCCUAAACCUCGACUUAAACUGAAUAAACUGUGGGGAGGAACUGCGCCUGCAUUAUCUCGUCCUUCUGAAGAUGGGAGCCCAUCAGCAAUACCUGAUGGAAAUAAAAGAAAGCAGUUUGCUCACUAUGACUGUCAAUCCUUAAUGGCCAAUUUGAGUUAUGCAGCUGAGAUCCGAGGAGCAUUACUGAGUAGACGUCGCAACACUACAACUGGAGCAUCUGCUGCAUCCUUGCUUGCGACCCGAGGCCUGCCACCAGGAGAUGACGCUGUACCAGACACUGGAGAUGGAAGAUCAAAUGAGUUAUUAGAAAGCUGUCCAUUUUUCAGAAAUGAAUUAGGAGGUGAAGAAGAGCGAUGUGUUUCAUUGUGUUGGAAGACCGCACGCGGCGCUAUACUCGGCCAGUCGGGGGGCUGGCACCGUCCCCGCGCUGCCUACGGUAUUUCAAUGCUAGAGUUCCCACCAGGACACACGCACUGGCGACAUGGCUGCCCAUUUGCAAGAUCUCUUUCUCCGUUCCCUAUCGAAAGCCAAGAUGGUGGAGCUUUGUACUACAGAAACUACUUCUACAAUCAACCUCAUCAAAACUGGUUUGGUAUGGACGAGAACCUCGGUCCAGUGGCGAUAUCUAUCAAGAAGGAGCGUGUCGAACUUCGCCGCGGCGGUGGCGACGCCUCAGCGCCGGCCUCGCAGCUGGCGUGGCAGUACCGCCUCAUCAUCCGCACAUCUGAACUCCUUACACUACGGGGAUCUGUUCUUGAAGAUGCUCUACUAGUGGCUAAACCAAGCAACAAUAGCGCAACUUAUAAUACUAAAGAAGUUUUAGAAUAUGUUGCACCUGAAUUACAAUUUGGUUGCUUAAGGCUUGGCAUAAACAAUGGUGGUGCAGAAGAACAGCUUUUACGACUGGACGAGCAAUGUGUAACAAGACACUUUAAAGUUGGAGUUAUGUACUGCAAAAGUGGGCAAUCAACUGAGGAAGAAAUGUAUAAUAAUCAAGAAGCUGGGCCUGCAUUUGUGGAAUUCCUUCAGAUGUUGGGCCAGACUGUCAGACUAAAAGACUUUGAUAAAUACAAGGCUGGGCUGGACAAUAGAACUGAUUCCACCGGACUCUACUCCGUAUUCACCACUUACCAAAACUGCGAUUUAAUGUUUCACGUCUCGACUAUGCUGCCUUAUACGCCAAAUAACAGACAACAGUUGUUGAGAAAGCGGCAUAUAGGCAACGAUAUUGUAACCAUUGUCUUCCAGGAACCCGGUGCGGCUCCGUUCACACCGCGGAACAUUCGUUCACAGUUCCAACACGUUUUUGUUGUAGUUAGAGCUAUAGAUCCAUGUACAGAGAAUACGCAUUAUAGUAUAGCUGUGAGUCGUGCUAAAGAAGUGCCUUUGUUCGGACCUCCGAUAAAAGAUGGUGCGAUUUACCCUAAGGGUGAAGCAUUCACUGAUCUACUAUUAAGUAAGGUAAUAAACGGCGAAAAUGCUGCAAUCCAAUCACCAAAGUUUAGUACAAUGGCGACGCGUACGCGUCAAGAGUACCUGAAAGAUUUAGCGAAGAAUUAUGUUACUGCUACCACUGUUGAGACUGGACAAAAGUUUUCUAUAUUCUCGUCACUGCUUAUGAAGAGCGGCAACAAUUCCGCUAAUAACACUUUAAUACCGCGAGUUGACAAUUGCACUAAUGACGUACUGGUUGGCGGUGCGCUGUGCUUUCACGUGCAAGUACAAGAUGAAGGGGCUGGUGGGUCUCUGUUGGAUUGCAUGAUGGGUAUAUCGGCUGACACUGUAGUUUUCGUUGAGGAUAGUACGCGGCAGAUUGUUCUUGUUAUACCAACAACCUAUCUGCUAGGCUGGGUGGUGAGCUCGGGCUGGACGCGCGUGUACUACCACCGCGGCGAGAGCGUGCGCGUGCGCGGCGCGGGCGCGGCGCUGCUGCGGCGCCUGGCCGCCGUCGCGCCGCCGCACGCGCGCGCGCUCGACGAGAUCACGCUCGAGAGGGGCGCGCAGCCGCAACUCGGUUUCCACGUCCAGCCGGACGGGCUAGUGACCCUGGUGGAGAGUACAGGCUGCGCGGCCCGCGCCGGCAUCAAGCGCGGCGCGCGCCUGCUGGAGGUGUGUCGCGCCGCCGUCGUCGCGCUACAUCACGAACAACUCGUCGACUUACUCAAGACGUCUGACCCCGUUACGGUGACAGUGACGUUCGCAUCGAGCUCGAAGUGCCAGUGCGAGGCGGGGCUGGAGGAGUGGGCCCCGCUGGCGCGCGCGGACGCGCAGCAGCCGGGCCGCCCGCGCCGCGCCUACGAGCGGGGACACUCGCCGCCGCGCUCCGACAGCUCCGGCUAUGGCACGGGCGGUUCCUGCCGCAGCGGACGCCGCUCUCCGCAGACGUCGCCGGCGCCCGAGGCAGCGCUGCGGCGACGCUCUCACGACGACGCCGCCUCGCCGCGACACGCGCGACAGAAGCGGGCCUCCGCCAACACAUCAUCUCUCACCGAAGACCUAAUCCGCAUGAUGGACGCGGAGCUGGGUGAGGGCGGGCGCGGCAGCAGGGAGGCGGGCGGGGGCGCGGCCGGCGUAACACAUGUCAUGUUACUGGGUGAGGGCGGGCGCGGCAGCAGGGAGGCGGGCGGGGGCGCGGCCGGCGCGGCGCCGCUGCCGCUGCCCGACGCGGGCGCGCUGGACUGGGCCGCGCUAGUACACACCGCCACCCGGGCCAUGCUGCAGGUAACACAUGUCAUGUUACUGGGUGAGGGCGGGCGCGGCAGCAGGGAGGCGGGCGGGGGCGCGGCCGGCGCGGCGCCGCUGCCGCUGCCCGACGCGGGCGCGCUGGACUGGGCCGCGCUAGUACACACCGCCACCCGGGCCAUGCUGCAGGUAACACAUGUCAUGUUACUGGGUGAGGGCGGGCGCGGCAGCAGGGAGGCGGGCGGGGGCGCGGCCGGCGCGGCGCCGCUGCCGCUGCCCGACGCGGGCGCGCUGGACUGGGCCGCGCUAGUACACACCGCCACCCGGGCCAUGCUGCAGGUAACACAUGUCAUGUUACUGGGUGAGGGCGGGCGCGGCAGCAGGGAGGCGGGCGGGGGCGCGGCCGGCGCGGCGCCGCUGCCGCUGCCCGACGCGGGCGCGCUGGACUGGGCCGCGCUAGUACACACCGCCACCCGGGCCAUGCUGCAGGUAACACAUGUCAUGUUACUGGGUGAGGGCGGGCGCGGCAGCAGGGAGGCGGGCGGGGGCGCGGCCGGCGCGGCGCCGCUGCCGCUGCCCGACGCGGGCGCGCUGGACUGGGCCGCGCUAGUACACACCGCCACCCGGGCCAUGCUGCAGGUAACACAUGUCAUGUUACUGGGUGAGGGCGGGCGCGGCAGCAGGGAGGCGGGCGGGGGCGCGGCCGGCGCGGCGCCGCUGCCGCUGCCCGACGCGGGCGCGCUGGACUGGGCCGCGCUAGUACACACCGCCACCCGGGCCAUGCUGCAGGUAACACAUGUCAUGUUACUGGGUGAGGGCGGGCGCGGCAGCAGGGAGGCGGGCGGGGGCGCGGCCGGCGCGGCGCCGCUGCCGCUGCCCGACGCGGGCGCGCUGGACUGGGCCGCGCUAGUACACACCGCCACCCGGGCCAUGCUGCAGGUAACACAUGUCAUGUUACUGGGUGAGGGCGGGCGCGGCAGCAGGGAGGCGGGCGGGGGCGCGGCCGGCGCGGCGCCGCUGCCGCUGCCCGACGCGGGCGCGCUGGACUGGGCCGCGCUAGUACACACCGCCACCCGGGCCAUGCUGCAGGUAACACAUGUCAUGUUACUGGGUGAGGGCGGGCGCGGCAGCAGGGAGGCGGGCGGGGGCGCGGCCGGCGCGGCGCCGCUGCCGCUGCCCGACGCGGGCGCGCUGGACUGGGCCGCGCUAGUACACACCGCCACCCGGGCCAUGCUGCAGGUAACACAUGUCAUGUUACUGGGUGAGGGCGGGCGCGGCAGCAGGGAGGCGGGCGGGGGCGCGGCCGGCGCGGCGCCGCUGCCGCUGCCCGACGCGGGCGCGCUGGACUGGGCCGCGCUAGUACACACCGCCACCCGGGCCAUGCUGCAGGUAACACAUGUCAUGUUACUGGGUGAGGGCGGGCGCGGCAGCAGGGAGGCGGGCGGGGGCGCGGCCGGCGCGGCGCCGCUGCCGCUGCCCGACGCGGGCGCGCUGGACUGGGCCGCGCUAGUACACACCGCCACCCGGGCCAUGCUGCAGGUAACACAUGUCAUGUUACUGGGUGAGGGCGGGCGCGGCAGCAGGGAGGCGGGCGGGGGCGCGGCCGGCGCGGCGCCGCUGCCGCUGCCCGACGCGGGCGCGCUGGACUGGGCCGCGCUAGUACACACCGCCACCCGGGCCAUGCUGCAGAUCUGUGAGGAGCACCAAUACCCAUCGAUGGACAACACCGACCCCUCAUUAGAAACAAUUGCCAACGAAACUAGCGCCGACUCCUGGAAUGACGUCUCCGUUACGUCCGAAGCGACUCCCAGCACGGUGAGUGCAGCUAGUACAGUGCCAGUAGCCAGUACAGUCGCGGCCAACUGUGCCUGCGGGCUGGGGGCGCGCGUGGCCGCGCUCGAAGCCGACGCCGCCGCCUCGCAGCGACACCGACAUCAACUUGAAGAGGAGGUACGACGCUUACGUCGUCAUAACGCUCGGCUUCGCGAGGAGUCGGCGCGGGCCGUGUGGCAACUGCGACACUUCACCCAGUGGCUCAAGAGAACGGUGGACCGACAGUGACCCAACACCAACCUGCCCAGUAAAACCAACUGUAUGCUAAAAUCAUUUUGUAUCUGAGGUAAGCUUUAACGUUGAAAACAACUUCCUAUUGAUUAAUUGUAGUAAAUGCAAAUGAGAUUGCCAUAAGGCAUGUAGAAAUUGUAUUUGUCUCUUAAGCCUCCGCCCAGUGGACGAAUUAGAUUAUAAACAUGACAUAUUGGAUAUAGAAGUAACAUCCCUAGCUUUAUUGUUUAAUCUACUCUAAAAACAAUGCACUUUAUUUAAUUAAGAGUGGUGAUGACACAACAACGUUACGAUACAACAAUUUGAGUAAUAGGUAUUUAAAUAUAGGUAUUGCGAUAAUAAUCGAAAGGAAAAUCAAAUAAAAACUUGUGUAUGAACUUGACCUGGCAAUGUAAAAUUUGAUGUGGCUAAAUCGUUGCCAUCCCCUCUAUACACAAUUUGCUUUAAAUAUUUGUUUUUUUUUCAAAUACGUAUCAAGCAGGAAUGAAAUACUUUAAUACGCAAAACUUACUCAUAAUAUGCUGUAAAAUUACUGAAAAAAUGUUACCGUGCAUAUAAGGCAUAAUUGAUUAUCGUAUUACGUUUAACACAGUGUAAAUGGUACUUAUCCUGCUUCGAUACGCUAUCAUUGCCUUAUUAAAAACAUUUACCUGUCAACCGAAAUAUUAAUUAGUCUGCAAUACCUAUUAAUUAAUUAAUUGAUUGUGAAAAUCGUAAAUGUAGGACUUUAUCAAAGCUUUAUGAUAUGGUAGCUAAAGUUUAUAAAAUUAUAGAAAACUAGAAAGUGAAAUGAUAGUUCAAUUAUAAAAUAGUUCUUAUGAAAUUAAUACUUUUAAUAGUAUAUCAAUUAAAAUGUUGCGACAUGCGCUGUCUUAUGAAUUUCGUGCCUUUCCUGGGCUUCUCACGAAGCGUUUGUUUUCGCGUAAGUUUUACGUAAUAUGUUGGCAUAAGUAUAAUUAUUAUAUUCGUAGAUUAGUUUGUUAUUACCUUAUAUAUUAUACGAAUCAUGGUUGACGUUAUUGUCUCAAUUAAAUUGACAUACUCUUGUUAUAAGUCUUUAUCUGUACAACUAUCUGUAUAAAUCAGGCAGUUUAUUAUAUUAACGUUUUAUGGUUAAUAUAUAUUAUUUAUUAUAUGUCAUAUACAAUAUUGUACUCUCUAGGAUUAAUUUAUUUAUCUACUACAAUAAUUUGUAUCGAUAAGAUUACGAGAUUACGAUUAAAUUAGGGAAACCCGAACUUGUAAGUGAACACCAAUUAUCUUAAGGACAAUAAACAACCAAAUGUUUAGUGGACUGAUAAUUUUAAUUGUUUUUUUUUAUAUCUGUUACUUUGAAGAAGCUAUGGUACACGUAUUUUGAUGGUAAUGUACGAUAAAAGUAAGUAUUCACGGCCCACUAACAUUUGGUAUGAUUAUUUUUGUGACGUAAGCUAUCCUAGUUACUUAGUGUGUAAACUUAAUUAUAAACAGACUUGAAACCUGCCAAAUAUUAAUACAAUAAGAGAAAAAAAAUGCGUUAGCACAAAUAGAACUCGUUAAAUAUUAAACUUAUACAAUGUUGACGCAAGUUGAACGUAGUUCAUAGAUGAAACCGCUAAUUGAUAUGACUAUGUUUACGGUAGACCACUCGAUGUCAUCAAGCCGAGGUAGCUGUAUGUACUCAAGUUGUACUCAAUAUUAAGUCCGUAGCAAAUGUAAGAGCACCGACAUUUAAAUUGGAUAAUCUGUUUUAACGAUGUUGGUCUCAUUGUACUCUUUCGUGUAAAUAUGAGUCUCAUGAAUUAGAUAUAAUCACCAACAAAGCUUUAUUAGUUUAGGUUAUCUUAGUCGUUAAUUUAACUAACAACGGGAGAGACUUAAUAGCGUAUUGUGCCUUUAUUGUCGAAAAUAUUAUCAGAAAAUGCACGAAGAACACGUCCAAAUUAAAUAAGAUUAUAAUACUUCCCCCAAUUUCCUUCUGACACUUGCAAUCAAUAUCUAUUUUUAAUGAGCAAAUCCAUGCUAUGGUAUAAUGUUAAUGUGUGAUUUCCUUGUAUAGCAAUAUUAGACUUUCAUAGAGUUAUAAUAGGUAUCAGAAUCGAAAUACAUCGACUAACAAUUAACGAAAUAUUGGUGCACUUAUCUCAGUCUUCCGUGUAUUAUCAGGACAGAGGCGUUAUGGCUAUAUUGGCGUGAAGCAAUUGACUUCAUACUAAGUUUUCUUUUAAGCAACUAGAAAGAAUUUACGUUUCCACGUCAACCAGGAACUGAUUUAUACAAUAUUGUAUGUUGUGUUUUAUAAUAUUUAUACACAAAGGUCUACACUUGUUACUUUUAUUGUAAAAUUCAAGGAUAUGGAAGAUCUCUUCCUUGGAAGUUUAAUUUGGGUAUUAGAAUGCAUUUUUACUGAAAUGCUAUAAACCAAAUGUAAUUUAUAAAAUAUGCAAGUAGUAUUAUUGAACCAAAUAACAUAAUUUCCAAGGAUGCAAUUUGUCCAAGUCCUUGAAUUUGCGCCACAUACUAAUUCGCCGAAUUUAUAGGAUAUCUGCAAAUAUUUUUAUUGUUUUAUUAAGAAACUAAUCUUGGCCUACGUUGAUUAUAUUUUUUGGAUAUUUUGUGUGAGGUGCGACGUAGUAGUACAUAUUUGAGUUUUGAUACUACAUACUUUUAUUUUUGUACGUACAUAGUAGUAAUUAACAAUUAUAUUACAUUAAAAACUAAAGAUUUGCAUAUGAUUUAAGAAAUGGUAUCAAAAAAGCAAGACUCAAUGAUCGACUGUUGUAUCCGAUUAUGCACCUUACUAUGUCAUGUUACAAUUUAUAUUAUAUAAAACUAUGUUUGAAGACUUUUUGCCAUUUCUUAAAGCAUAAGUUGCAAUCCGUGUUCGAGGUUUGAAUUUGUAUAAGUUUUUCCCACCACUCACGUUUAAGGUAUACUAAGUUAUUUGUUUCAUACUCACGUAAUGACUUGCACAGACUUUGUGAAUGUUACACAGACAUGUCGACAAUGUUACUUUAAUUAUAAUUUCAAUGUCGUUAUUUAUUUAUUCAAUAAACAUUUAUAGCAAUAUCUGAGCAAAUCUUUAUGUAUGUCAUGCCUUAUGUUAACUGAUAGUUAGGUGACCAAAGCAAUUACAUUUAACCUCCAUAUUUUUGAAAUUUGGAUUGUUUGCUCGUAACAGCUUAAAGGUUCAAUUAUUUAUAGAUAUAAUUUUCCUUAAGAUAAUUUGUAUGUAUUCUAAAGGACAUUCCAAUAAAACUUAUAUACCAAA